AUGGUUUUAAUCUUCAAGAGAGUAAUUCAAUUAGUUGGGCUUUCAUUAUCUUUAUUGGGAUGGAUUUUGUCCUGUCUCACAACUUACUUGCCGCAGUGGAAGAUUCUUAAUUUAGAGCUAAAUGAAAUGGAGAACUGGACCAUGGGACUCUGGCAGACUUGCGUUUUCCAAGAGGAAGUGGGGAUGCAAUGUAAGGAUUUUGAUUCAUUCUUGGCUUUGCCUACUGAGCUGAAGAUCUCCAGGAUUUUAAUGUUUCUGUCAAAUGGGUUUGGAGUUUUGGGCCUGCUUGUGUCUGGGCUUGGUUUGGAUUGUUUGAGGAUUGGAGAAGGGCAAGGAGAACUCAAGAAGCGGCUGAUGAUCCUGGGAGGAAUUCUGCUAUGGCUUUCAGGAAUUACAGCUCUCAUUCCGGUGUCUUGGGUUGCCCACAUCACAGUUCAGGAAUUUUGGGAUGAAACCAUUCCAGAUAUUGUCCCCAGAUGGGAGUUUGGAGUAGCUCUCUUUGUUGGUUGGGUUGCUGGAUUUUCUCUUUUGCUUGGAGGGUUUCUACUUAACUGUGCAGCCUUUUCAACUGAAACUCCUUCGGGCCACUACACAGUGGCAGAAACGCAAGCUCAGUGUCCUCACCUGGAAGCUGGAAACACAGAUCCUAAAGUGUAGGACUUUUUGGAAAAAAAGGGGGGUGGUGAGAGACGUUUUGUUUUAUUGUGGAAAUGUGAUGCAAAAGAACUUAAUUUUAUCCAAAUGAAAGGGUUCUUUGUUACCUAACAAAGUGUCUGCAUCUCAGAUUUUCUCAUUUGAUAAGUUGAUUUCCAAGCAACAUUUCCCCCCCUUGGGAGGAUGAGAAGGAACCUUAUGUUUAAGGAAAAUCAUUAUAUCUAAUGAGAUUUUUACAUAGAGGUGGGCAAAUACUUUACUUUGGUCUGCUAAUACAAAUGAAGAGUAUUCUUUUGGCUGUGCAGUAGUCAGUUCAGCUCCUUACUUGACAGCAAGUUUGACUUUGAAAACUUUUUGUUGGCAGUUAGGAACUAAUCAGCUUCUCUCUCCUUAGAAAAGCAACCCAGAUUAUUAAAGUAUUCUCCAAUGAAUAAUUACACCCAAGACUGAUGCUACAGUAUUACUUCCCCAAUCCUUACUUCAGUCUCUUGAGCAAUCCAAUAUUACCUGAACACGCAACAGAGGGGUUUUGUAUCCAAUAAAUUAUGAGGCACUAUUCCCGACUUUUCUUUUUCUUUCUUUCUUUUUUUUAAAUGAAAGCAAAGACUCUUAGGACUAAUAUUCUGUUAUUAUAGUCAUUGGUCAGGCCAAUGUUUCACCCCUUCCAUAA